AUGCGAGCAGCAGCUUCCCAGCUGCGGCUACACUGGCUGCUGCAUGCGCGCGGCUACCUGGACCCCUCGCUGCCUGCUGCUGCUAAGCAUGCGUUGGCUGUAACUGGAGACGCCUGGCCUGCGCGUUUGCUGCGCAACAAAUCCUUCGAAGACCUGCACAAGCUGUGGUUUGUUUUGUUAAAGGAAAAGAAUCUGCUGCUGGGCGAGCGCUGGGCUGCGUGGCAAACAAAAACGCAAAUGAAACAUCCGGAGAGACUCAAGAAGGUGAAGUUGAGCAUGAAACGGAUUUUGACAGUUUUGUCUCGCCGGGCGAUUCAUGAACAAUGUCUGUUUGCAAAGCGGCUGCUGCAGCAGCAGCAAAAGAGAGAAGCUUUGGAGCUGCAGCGGCAUGCACUUGAAGAGUUGCUGCUGCAGCUGCAGCAGCGCGUGCGGCUGCAGCAGCAGCAGCAGCAGCACGGCCGCAGCAGCAGCAGCCUCGCCUGCCUCGCCUGGCAGCAGCAGCUGGAAGCAGCGAAAGCGCAGCACGAGGAAAUCCUCAUUCAGCUCAAGCCUCUGCGAGAAGAGACGCAAAGCCUGCUGGCCCCCAGCUGGCAAUAUGAAAAGCGCUAUUCUGAUCUUCCGGGGAGAAUUACUUGGAGAAGAGAAGCGCUGCCUGUGCUGCAGCAGCGAAAGAAAGUUUUCAAGUUUUAA